AACUCCCCCCACACCUAAUCAGCCCCAUAGCUCCCCUACCCAACUGCCCUUCCAAACCACCUCUAAGCCAGUCACCCCACACACAGCACCCUCAAACCAACAGAGCCCCCCAACUUCUUCUGCCACCUUGUCCCUCUCAACCCCCUCCUGCCCCACGCCAAGUUGUCCCCCCAAGCCAUGUUGCCUGAAGGCUGGGAGCUGGGUCCUUAGCUGUGCUGGGGGUCGGUCGGGGGGAAGAGCCCAGUUGCCCCAGGAGCAAAGAACCCUGGCUCAGUGCCCAGCCUUCGAGCUGAGUUUGGAAGCUGCAUUUCUUGCUAUUCCCUCCUGGGCCAAACAAGAGUCUGGGUCCAGAGGUCACCUCGUGCCAGGGCAGGCAGGGACUGCAUAGGUUGGUUUUUGGCUCUCUGUUCAGCUGCAGAGACCUUGGAGCUGGGUGCAGGCCCCAGUGUCCGAGUUAAUCGGUUACAGCCUAUAUUUGCCUUUGCAGCUGUCCAUCGCAGGGUUGGACUUGUUGAAAUUCAGCGGCUCAGGGACGCUGGGAGGGCCUGGGCUGAGGCACUGAGGGCUGGGCGAUGUUUGGCCGUGCUGACCCCACCAGCCAUUGUCCUGGGGAGACAGGAGAGGCUCACGGUCUAGGGGGCCCUGCAGGGAAACUCGGGCUGCUGCAGCCCCUAGCUGGAGUUGGGUCCAGGCCCUCCCAUACUCUCCUGCAGGUGGGCCUGGCACUGCCAGCUCUGGGCUCCCCCCUGCCUGAGGAGUCCAAGCUCAGCAGUUAGUUCUGGUGCAGCUGCCCUCGCGGGGGGCCCGUGGCUAAUGGGCCCAGAGAAGGGCUGUGGCAGUCAGUGGGUGUGGGCCCAUCUGCAUGGCCCAGAUUGGGGAUCCUGCAGAAAGGCAGGGCUGGCAGCCAAAUGGCACAGCUGGACACACCUGAGGCUGUUUACCUGGAAAGUGAGCAAGGCUGGAUGGCGUCAGCCCCACUCCCUGGCUGAUUCCGAGGGCUGACCUGUGCGGCAGGGGAGGGCCAGUAUAAAGGUCCCAGCGCUGCUGAAGCACGGCACUUGCAAGAGGAUAAUUGCACAGUGCCCUACCUGUUCCUCGGUGCCAGCGGUGAGUCUAGGGCCCCUCUCCACAGCACGCGCUGCCUCAGCCUUCUCCAGAGGCUGGCCCCCAAUUCCCACCCCCUAGGAGCGGGGGCCCAGCACAGGGCUCCGGCUCACAGCUCUCCAUGCUGCCCCAAGAGCCCUAGGCAAGGGGUCCCGGAGGUAACCUUUCUAGCUGAGGGGUCUCCUUUCCACAGUUCAGCCCUCCCCUCCCUCAGGGCUGGAUGAGGGGUCUCUUCCCUCCCCUGUUCCUUCGCCAGCUGGAGGAGCAGUUUGGGUAGGCAGGGAGCAGAGGGUGAUGUUGGCCAGCUUUCUGCCAGGGAUGUGGGAGGAAAGGCACUUGCCCCCUGGGUGCCAGGGGCAAGGGGAUCCCAGGCAGAGUUAAAGGGGUUCUGCUGCCUUUCCAGGCUCUCAUUGUGGGGGUGAGCGUGGCUUCACCUGGACUCACCCACAAACAAGAGUACUUUCUGCUCCGUCUCCACCCCCCACCGGCUGCCCUGACCCAGGAGCUGUGGCUGCCCCACUCGUGAGCCAGGAGGCAUGCGUGAGGCACGAUGAAUUGGGCAGGCCUCUACACAGUGGUGAGCGGCGUGAACCGCCAUUCCACUGCCAUCGGCCGCAUCUGGCUUUCUGUCAUCUUCAUCUUCAGGAUCAUGGUGCUGGUGGUAGCAGCUGAGAGUGUCUGGGGGGACGAGAAAUCUGCCUUCACUUGCAACACACAGCAGCCAGGCUGCAACAGCGUCUGCUACGACCACUUCUUCCCCAUCUCACACGUGCGCCUGUGGGCUUUGCAGCUGAUCCUGGUUACCACACCCGCCCUGCUAGUGGCCAUGCACGUGGCCUACCAGCAGCACCAGGAGAAGAAGCUGCUGGUGCUGACGGGACACGGCGACCCCAAGCACCUGGAGGAGGUGAAGAAGCACAAGAUGCGCAUCUCGGGCUCUCUGUGGUGGACGUACAUCUGCAGCGUGAUAUUCCGACUCCUCUUCGAGGCCGUCUUCAUGUACAUCUUCUACAUGAUCUACCCUGGCUACCAGAUGAUCCGGCUGGUCAAGUGCGAGGCCUACCCAUGCCCCAACACCGUCGACUGCUUCAUCUCCCGGCCCACCGAGAAGACCAUCUUCACUGUCUUCAUGCUGGCCACCUCGGGCAUCUGCAUCAUCCUCAACAUGGCUGAGCUGGUGUACCUGGUGGUGCGGGCCUGUUCCCGGCGGGCCCAGCAGGACUCCAACCCCCCGUCGGGGAAGAGCUCCUCAUACGGCCACAAGCUCUCCACCGAGUACAAGCAGAACGAGAUCAACCAGCUGCUGACGGAGCAGGACAGCUCCCUUAAGGACAUGCUGCGCCGCAACCCUGGGCUGCAGGAGAAGAGCGAUCGCUGCUCCGCCUGCUAGAGGCACCAGCCCCACUGGGCGGGGGCUCUGCCACCGCACACAAGGCCCUUACCCCUCCACUGGGAGCCAUGGGGGGCAGGCUCUGGAGGGAGACGAAGAGUAUUGAACGGAGCCUGUUGGUACACUCAUGACUGCCUGAGCUCCGGCCCUAGGACACUGCCAGCUUGUGCACAGGUGUCGUGCCGAGCCCUUCACCCCGCACUGCCAUGGGCCCACGGCCGUGCACAAGCCCAGUCAUUUUCAUACCCUGAAACCCGUUAGAAAGGCUAGUGUGGCUGCAGAGCUCUUGGAAUUUGCCUUAAUUCACUGAGUGAUGUCCCUCAAGCCCCACCAGUGCCCCCAACAGAGACUCUGUCUCCUGCAGGGAAAGGAGCCAUCCUCACUGGUGGGCCCAGUCCCCAGGGGCUGCUGAGACAGAGGACACCAGGUGUGGCCUGGCAAUUGGAGUGUCAGAAAUGUCGGCCAUUAAAGCUGUGUUUUCAGGAGCUGCCUCUCUCCCUUUGUCACCUGGGGUUUGGUGAAGGGUCAGGAUCCCCAGGGUGGCAGGACUGCAGACCGCCCCCAAACCCUGCCAGGUCAGCCCACUGGGCCAGCUCCUUCCUGUCCUGCUGAGGGCUGGGCCAAGCACAGACUGAACAGGGAGCUGCAUCCUCCCCAGAUGCCUGCCAAACCCUCCGGGCAUCCCACGGCAGCCAGGCCCUUCCCCUCUGUCCUGCAUGGCAAUGUGGUAUCCGGGGGCUGCUCGGACCCUGCCCAGCCCCGCAGUGCUGCCAGAAGGCAUGCAGACCGCCCAGGUUCUGUGAGAAUACUGUGAGUGUCCAUCUGUCCUGGGCUCACAGCUCCUUGGACAGCGUGGGAAGCCUUUUCAGCAGCAUGUGCAGCAAGACAGCUUUCUCCCCCAGGGCCGGACCCCAUCUUGCUGCACAUGUAAGUCCCAGACCCCUGUGCCCCCCCUGCCCCUGCUGGAUGGGGCACACUCACAGGCCAGAGACCACUUCAAAGCCCAGCUCCGUGACAUACCAGGGCACAUCAUGGGACCCUCUCAGAAGUGGGGGAGGGCGCUGCUCUGUGCUAGCCUGGGUUGAGGGCUCAGCAGGAUGGGCUGUUACCUGCUAGCCCAGGGCUCAGCAGAGGGGGCUGCUCCCUUCUGGUCCGGGGCUGCAGUGGGGGGGGGCAGGGGCUCA